GUUGUCACAGGGCCUGCGUCGGGAGCGGGGCUGCGUGCGAGGCGCGCGGGGGGUCCCCGCACCUGGGGCCGACGGAGCCGCGCGGGGGGCGGGGCGAUCCUGACCCUCGGGUCCGGCCCCGCCACCGGCCACACUGAGACCUCCGCGCCCGGGCGGACGAUGGCGCUCCCCCGUUCCGGCUCGCCGGGCUCCGACUUCGAGCUCGUUGGCCCCGCAGCCCCCUCGCCCCCCGCAGCCGCAGCCCUGAACCCCCGGGAGGCCGGCGCGGGCAGGGGGUCCGCUCCCUCCCACCCCCCGAGCCUCUCCAGCAGGGGGCGCCGUUGCCCCACUUGGGUGCCCCCGGCCUCCCCCGGCGGCCCCAGACUCGGGGCGCGCUCGUUGCACCCAGUUCGGGCCCCGGUGGAGCCGAGCCCGGCCGCCAGCCUCGUCCCCAGCGCCCGCUCCGAGCGGGACUCGUCCGCCGCUGGUGUCGCCGGGCGUCCGGCGGGUGUCCGGCGCCAAGAAGUCGAGCGCGGGGAGUGAGGUUGGGGAGGGGCGGGGAGCACGCCGGCCGCGACCCUGGGGCCGUGAGACCUGAGCGUCUGCGCCCCGGCCCUGGCGUCGCCUCCCCAGCCACCCCUCGCGCAGGAGCCCGCCGCCUCGGCCCCCCGCGCGCGCCGGACCCGCCCACGGGGGACCAGUUCCUGAGGCCGGGGAGCCGGGGCUCAGGGCCCCCCAGGUGGGGU